CAAUGUCAAAUAGCCAUUUUCGUUGUUUGUUGUGUACUUGGUACUCUUGAUAAAAGACCAAAUUUACACUAUAAAAUUCUAACAAAAUUUGAAUCUGAAGGAGGGAAACCUCCAGAAAUUUAUUAACUCAAAAAUAUGGAGGAAAAUAAAGAAGAUACUAUACUAGACAUAUCCCACACGGAACUAAUGGAGAUUAUAAGCGUUAAUGAAAUAUGCAGACUAUGUGCCAAUCAACAGGAAAAACUAAUUGGAAUAUAUACUCCUGAUGGCGAAAACAAUGACCUGGCCUCUAAAAUGAACUCAUACCUUCCAAUAAAAGUGGACAAAACUGAUGAUUUACCCCUUCAAUGCUGUUGGCAAUGUGCUUCCACUGUUUUAGCUUGGCAUGAAUUAUUUUUAACCAGUAUAGAAGCAGAUAGAAGACUCAGAAGUUAUCAGUUUGUCACAGAGAAACAAAUAUCGGAAACAAUCGGGACUAAUACUGACAUAAGUUUGGAAGAAGUAACGAAGCCUAUCGAAGAAGUAAAGUUGCCGAUAUUAAAUAAAUAUGAAGAAAACGAUCCAGUAUUUAUUAACAAAUCAGAAAUGAGCGAUUAUUCAGAUAAUAUCGGUGAAUAUAUCGGCCUCCAGCAAGAAUAUUUGCCACUUGACGAAAUAUGCGAAUCUACAGACAAAGAAUUAAACGAAGACGAAAAGAUAAUUGACGUAAGUGAUGAAGAAGACGAUCCUUUAACAACCAAGGAAGCAGGAGAUAUUUGCUAUGGCUGUCAAACUUGUCAAAUGAUAUUUUUAUCUGAGCCCGAAAUGCAAAAACACAUAGCUCAAACUCAUCCAAUAGAAGAAAAAUGUGAUAAUAAUGAUAAAGUUGAAUUAAAGAAAUCAAGAAAGAAGAAUGCUAAACUAGACCAAGAAAUGGUAAAUGCAGCAAAGAUAGUUGUAGAUGGUAAGGUGUACUAUAAUUGCAAAGAAUGUGGUAGAUGUCUUUAUUCUCCAUAUACCUAUAUUUGGCAUGUUAGGAUCCACACAGGAGAGCGACCCCAUUCUUGUCAUCUAUGUGGUAAAUGUUUUAGAGUAUCCCAAGGUCUAGUUAGGCAUCUUAAAGAAACUCAUGAAGGUAUUAAAAAUUUUCCUUGUGAUAUUUGUGGGAGAAUGUUUGCUACCAGAAGAAAUGCUGAUGAACACAGAAGAAUCCAUACUAACGAAAGACCAUACGUUUGUGACUUGUGUGGGAAAUCUUUUAAGCAGAAAGCUUCUCUCUUUGUGCAUAACCGAUCACACAAUGACGUAUUUCCGUUUAAAUGUACUUACUGUAAUCAAACAUUCAGGACGAGGCCACCUAUGCUGGUCCACAUAACAAAGCAUACAGGAGAAAAGCCAUAUCCGUGUGAAAUCUGUGGUAGAAGAUUUAGAAUAAAAUAUGAAUUAAAGCGGCAUAGAUUAAUACAUUCUGAUGAGAAACCGUUUAGCUGUGAGCUGUGUGGAUUGAAAUUUAAACAAAAACGAUAUUUAAAGAAUCACAUUAAGUUAAACCAUGCUAACAGUUAAAAUAUUUCACUUUGUGAAGUCUUAUUUGUAGAAUGAAAUCAUUUUUCAAUGCAAUUCUAAUAAUAAAGUUAUAUUAUGCUCUCUGUAA